AUGAUUCAAUUAAAGACGAUGCUCAACUGCAUCGACAACUCGGGCGCUGCCCUCGUCGAAUGCGCCUUGGUCGUUGGUCAAAAGCGACAUGCCCGCAUCGGUGACCGAAUCGUCGUCGUCGUCCAAGAGCAAAGAGGCGCAUCCUCCUCCGGUAUGGCGGGCAUUUCCGCCGCCGCCAAAGUCAAGCGCGGCGAUGUUCGACAUGCUGUCGUCGUGCGCACCAGAUACCCUACCCAACGACGCGACGGCUCCGUCGUCCGCUUCGACGACAAUGCUUGCGUCUUGCUCAACAAGUCUGGAGAUCCUGUGGGCUCACGAAUCAAUGGCGUUGUUGGCGCGGAGUUGAAGAGGAAGAAGUGGAGCAAGAUUCUGUCCAUGGCACCUAUGCAGGCUUAG